AGAUAUAUUGUAUUAUUCAACACGACUUUAAAAGUUUAACAAUAAAUAAUUGUAUUAUCUUGACAAAGCAAAAAUUAACAAUAACAGCCGGAACUGGCUCUGCCGGAGGUGAAGUCAUCGCUACUGUAAGCCAGGGUGGUGUGAGUUAGCUCGAGUUAAAGCGACUUUUUCGAUUAAAGUUCAGUUAUUAUUGAACAGAUUUUUUAUUAAAGUCAUAAUCACGGCUCUGAAGUGACGCGACGUCAUCGGGAGCGAGCUGGCGCGUUUCCGGCGGUGCAGGAUGAUGAUUAUUGGCUGGACUGAGUGAGUGUGGUCUGAAGCCUCAUCAUGUCUCUGCCGGAGGACACAGGGGAUCGUGGAAAGGAGCGGGAGCGCGGCGCACGGCCCAAAGUGCGGCAGAGUCGCUCUGAGGAGAGGCGAGACGGAGGACGGAGAAAACCUGGACGAGGGAAGAAGAAGAGCCACCCGUCACAGGAUCUGCGCCCGCUGAGUGACGGGUUUGAGUACGGAGAUCUGCUGAGUGCUGAUCUGCUGUCCGGCGAGGGGGCGGCGCUGUCCCAGACAGCCUCCAGCAGACCCCCGCUUGUGCCAGACCCCGGCACCAGCCGCACACUCCGACAGAAGAUCCAGGACGCAGUGGGACAGUGCUUCCCCAUCAAAACCCACAGCCUGAGCCCUGCGCCGGCCCCGUCCCGCAGGAAGAUCCACCUCAGCGAGCUCAUGCUGGACCGCUGCCCCUUCCCCGCCGGCUCCGACCUGGCUCAGAAGUGGUACUUGAUAAAGCAGCACACGGCGCCGCUGGAGUGUGCGAACACCCCGGUACUGGAGUGUGUGAGCGCACCGCUGGAGUGUGUGAGUGCACCUCUGGAAUGUGUAAGCGCACCGCUGGAGUGUGUGGGCGCACCUGUGGAGUGUGUGAGUGCACCGGUGCUAGAGUGUGUGAGCGCACCUCUGGAGGAUGAGGAGGACCGGCUACGCGAGCGGCGCAGGAUUAGCAUUGAGCAGGGCGUGGAGCCGCCGCCGAACGCUCAGAUACACACCUUCGAGGUCACCGCACAAAUAAACCCUCUGUACAAACUGGGACCCAAACUAGCGCACGGUAUGAAUGAGCUAGCGGGAGACGAGCGCGCUACGCUACACCAGCUGCUCCUGCAGACCUGUCUGGACACGCUGGACGAAGUGGCGGCGUCUGCCCCCGUCUCUGUGUCCGCCGUUCCAGACGUGGAGAUCUGCACUGCGGCUCCGUCCGUCAUCCGAUCAGAGAGUCCCAAAACACAGGAUUACCAGCACCGCGUUCACACACAGAUCGACUACAUCCACUGCCUCGUUCCUGAUUUGCUUGAGAUCACGAAUCUGUCGUGCUACUGGGGCGUGAUGGACCGCUACGAGGCCGAGACUCUUCUGGAGGGGAAACCCGAGGGCACGUUCCUGCUGCGCGACUCUGCCCAGGAGGAUUACCUGUUCUCGGUGAGCUUCCGCAGGUACGGCCGGUCUCUACACGCGCGCAUCGAGCAGUGGAACCAUAACUUCAGCUUCGACGUGCACGACCCGAGCGUGUUCCACGCGCCCACCGUCACCGGCCUGCUGGAGCACUACAAGGACCCGAACUCCUGCAUGUUCUUCGAGCCGCUGCUGUCCAACCCGAUCCACCGCACACAGCCGUUCAGCCUGCAGCGCAUCUGCCGCGCCGUCAUCAGCAGCCGCAGCUCGUACGACGGGAUCGGGACACUGCCUCUGCCCGCCGCGCUCAAGGAGCACCUGAAGGAGUACCACUACAAGCAGCGGGUGCGCAUCCGCAGACUGGACACCUGGUGGGAGUGACAGCGCUCAGGGGCAGAGCACCAGUGCCUUUACAUCCGAUCACAGCACACCGUCACCACUCAAGCUGAAUAAUCCUCCUGCUCUCCUCCAACCCUGCUCCUGGAGAUCCGCCUUCCUGCAGAGUGCAGCUCCAACACACCUACCUGGAGUCUUUAGGUGCUGUCCCGCUCUUCACACUGCUUCAGGUGUGUUGGAUCAGGGCUGGAGCUGAACUCUGCUGGAAGGCCUGUCUCCCUGCUGCUUUAUUGUGAGUGUGUUGAGCACAAAGGAAGAUGUUUUGAAGAUAGCCGGGAGUAAACUGACAGUAGUGUAGUAAUCAGGUGUGCUUCGCAUCCACAGAAUCCUCCUCUUUAGUGUUCAACAGUACAAAGACACUCUGAAAGCUUCACAAUAAAUGAAGGAAGAAUAAACGAUGAGCGGAUGUUUA